AUCAAUAAAGGUAAACAACUGCUCUCAGAAACUUUGAUUGAAGGGGUGUACUCGCUGUCCCCGCCGUCCUCAAGAUCCCUCAAGGUAUGUCCUUAUGUCAGUUCGCCGUCCUGGGGCAUCGUCUGGUCCCGAACGACUGCUCACAAUCAUCGGAUUGUUCAAAAACGGCCAGCUCCCGAUGGAUGGACGAUAGCUGCCCAGGAUGGACGAUAGCCAUAUGUGCAGUCAACUAACAGUUCCUACUAGAUGCCGUUCGUUAAAAAAGUGAAGUCCGGUCCAUACUUCUCCCGCUUUCAAGUGAAGUACCGCCGUCGAAGAGAGGGAAAGACCGACUGUGAGCAAGUUCUGUAUUUCUUGAUUGCAUGUGCUAAGGUCUACUUAGACUAUGCUCGCAAGCGCCUCGUCACUCAGGCUAAAAACAAGUACAAUGCACCAAAAUACCGUUUAGUAGUGCGCUUCACGAACAGGGACAUCAUCGUCCAGAUCGUGUAUGCACGUCUACAGGGUGACUUCGUCUUGACCGCUGCACGGUCACAAGAGCUGCCAAGAUACGGGAUCAACCACGGUCUCACUAACUGGACUGCUGCAUACGCAACUGGUUUACUGUGCGCCCGCCGUGCGUUGACCAAGCUGGGUCUUGCCGAUAAAUAUGAGGGUGUCACAGAGCCCGACGGUUCCCUGACAUUGACUGAGGCACUGGAUGAUGAAGAUGCUCCACGACCCUUCAAGUGCUACCUUGAUGUUGGUCUUAAGCGCACUUCUACUGGCCACCGUGUUUUCGGCGCAAUGAAGGGCGCAAGUGACGGUGGUAUAUUCAUCCCCCACUCCGACAAACGUUUCCCUGGGUACGACCCAGAGAGCAAGUCGCUCGACAGUGAAGUGCUCAAGAAGUACAUCUUUGGUGGCCACGUCGCUGAGUACAUGGAGUCACUCGAAGAGGAAGAUGACGAGCGCUUCAAGAAGCAAUUCUCCUCAUAUCUUGCAGAUGAUAUUGGUUCAGACGACAUGGAGGAAAUCUACACGAACGCGUAUGCUGCUAUUCGUGAGGAUCCCACCUUCCAGCCUACGACGAAGACCAAGGACUGGAAGGCAGAGGCCCUCAAGUACAAGCAGUCCAAACUCACGCUGGAGGAGCGCAGAGCUCGCAUCCAGGCGAAGAUCGAGGCCUUCAAGGCUUCAGGAGGCGAGGCUGCCGCUGCCGACGACGACGAGGACGACGAGUAAAAAAAAAUCGUCGUCUCACUUUUUCUCUACCUUCACAUUUUCAUCCACUGUAUGUCCACCAGCAGUAGGUCAUGCUUAUGAUAUCAUGCAACACGAUUAUGGCCCAAAAACAUUUUUAAGAUUCUGAUAUGGUCUUCUCAACCAGCUCUUGCAGCCAUACUACGAGAG